AAGCAUGUCAUGUACGGGUCCCGGGAGGAGCUAUCGGCCCCAAGCCGCCCGCCUUUGCUCCGCACAACCACUCUCAAUCGGGACCAGCAGGCGUUCAGCGAGAAACGCAUCACCAUUCACCACCCAUCUCCAUCACAGACUCAUCGAUGUGUUGGUGCAACCUCUUGACGUAGUGCUAGUCGCCACCCUCACAGCCCAGCCCGUGAUCAAUUACCCUCACUAUCCGCCGUCAAAGAAACCACCCCCCGAAUCGGCUCGUCCUCCAUCCCCCG